GAGGAGAAGGGGGAGAAGAAGAAUACGUAAUAAUAGUAAUAGGUAAUAAUAGUUCCCUUGAAGCAUGAACAACAAAAUCCACCCCUGACAAUGACAUGAUAAGAUGAGAUAACAUCUGAUAAGAGCUGACAUUUGAUGAGCAUACACAAGGGUGCAGUGAUAACACUUGAUAAGAAAAGAUUAGAAGCAUCACCCUCAUUUGUUUUCAAUGGUACACAAACAUGUCUGUCAAGCUCCCUAUCUGUCUGUCUGUCUAUCCGUCUAGCUCUCUGUCUCAGAGAGAGCCACAAGACUGGGUCGUCACCUUUACUCAUAUCUUCAAGCAGAGUAUAGCACUUUGUCUGGAUUUUUUGGGUUAUCCUAGGUAAUUUACACUAUGUAUACUUGUAUUUAUGUGUACCUGUGACACAGAGAUAGAUGGAAAGAGAUAGAGAUAGACAGGGAUAGACAGAGGCAGAUAGACAAAGAUAGAGACGAGAGACAGACAGAGAUAGACAUAGAUACAGACAGACAAACGGAGAUAGAGCCAGGCCAGCAGCCGCCAGCCACGCAGCUGGCCAGCCAGAAUUGUUUCUCUUUACUUAGGGCAUAGGUUAUAAGACAUUCUGAAAGGGUGUUGCACAAAUAUUGCACAUGGGUUAUUAUCGAGAUUUUUUUAUAUUUCAUCAAUAUGAAAUCAGUGAAUUCCAGGUGUUUGCUGUGCUGUUUGCUCUAGCUGGCUCUCAUUUGAACUGGUGCUCCCACAAGGUAUUAAGUGGUCCCAGAUUUUUUCAAUAGUGCACACUGAAUGGUAGGACCCAUCCUAUGCUGACAAGGCAUUUCAGGCCAGUCGUGCCAAAUUUGAAGGCAGGAAAAAUAAAACGUAUAUAUACGUUUGGGGCACUAGUGGUAAAAAACGUAUAUAUACGUUUGGACCGUUUACAGGUUAAAGGAUUAACAGUACAAAUGGUCAUAGCAUAAUAACAAAUUCACUUAAAGCGAACUUGCAUUAAGAAAAGGGAACCUACUGGGUAUAUAUACUGUAGAAGAUAACUAUAACAACUUAAAGGCUGUCAUACAUUUAUGCCUGCAGAAUGUACACAGAUAAAUGUUGUUAUGAUUAUUAUUAUUAUAAUAAUUACCAUAUUUUCAUUGUUAUUAUUGCCAUAAUUAUUUGUUAUUAUAUUACAGUAUUAUUAUUAUUAUUUUUAUUGUUGUUAUUAUUACAUACAAAUACUGCACUAUGCAUAUACAUGUACUGUACUGUAUGCUUGACCAUUACUCUUUAACAGAUUUAUGGCAAAUUGUAUCCUGUUUGCAUGAACUUAGUGACUGAGGUAGCAGUGUUUGGUAAAGCAGUGAGUAAUGGAAGCAGUGACUCUUGUGGACAGACACCUUCCACAGCAUUAAUAGUCUGUGCCUCUGGAUCAGUUAAGGCUGCCCACUCAAAACUACCCGGCUUCCUGGUCACCCUUUGUCAUGUAGCUCAGCCUGUAGUCUGGACUGGAAUUAUGGAAGUUGGUGAUACAUCCGUUAUUGUGGUUGUUGGCAAGAAUGCAAUUAUGGCCAUUGGAAAACCAGUACCAUCAUCAGUAUUACACACUUCCACUACAAGAGAUGAAAACUAUGGUAAAGGCAGCUUACAUUGGUCUACAAGAACUCUUACAACAGCUGCAGUAACAUGUUAUGGUCAGAAGAAUGCUCUUGUUUUUUCUGAUGGUGUUUCAUGCUGGCUGUGUCGUAUUACUGCUGUAGGCGGUGAUGAAAUGGAAGUGGAGUGCCAUGAGUUAUCAUAUAAUGGAGUUAUGCAAAUUACUUGUAAAAACAUGGACUGUAUUGAAAUGUUAACAUACCACUCAGCCACAGAUGCCACAAAAGCUAGGCAGCCUGGGUUACAAGCCAUGUUUCUUCCCAGCCCGGGCACACCAGUGGGUCUCAAGCAUGGCGUCAAGCUACAGCAGGUCCUCGAAUAA